AAAAAAAAGCCCAUCCAUCAUCCAAAGGACAGAAUCUCACACCAAACGAAGCGAGGGGACAGAAAGAAUGGCGCCGUGGUCACCGCCCGUCGCCGCCGCCACCGCCGCCGCCGCCGUCUCCUCCCAGGCCCAGUUCGGUCACUUGCCCGCCCGGUCACCGCGGACGCGGCAAGCUCUCCUCCUACCACCGCUCGCGCGCAAAAUCCCCAACUCCUCCCUCCUCGCCGUCAACGGCACCAACUCCUGGAGGUGCCAUGCCGUCGCCACCGAGGUCGAGGGGCUCAACAUCGCCGACGACGUCACCCAGCUCAUCGGCAAGACACCCAUGGUAUAUCUCAACAAAAUCGUCCAGGGCUGUGUCGCUAAUGUUGCUGCUAAGCUUGAGAUUAUGGAGCCCUGUUGCAGUGUCAAGGACAGGAUAGGAUACAGUAUGAUAACCGAUGCUGAAGAGAAGGGCUUGAUAAGACCAGGAAAGAGUGUUUUGGUGGAAGCAACAAGUGGAAAUACAGGCAUUGGUCUUGCUUUCAUUGCUGCUUCCAGAGGAUAUAAGUUGAUACUGACAAUGCCCACAUCAAUGAGCAUGGAGAGGAGAGUUCUACUCAAAGCUUUUGGUGCUGAACUUGUGCUUACAGAUGCUGCGAAAGGGAUGAAAGGGGCCUUAGAUAAAGCUACAGAGAUUCUAAAUAAGACACCUAAUUCAUACAUGCUUGAGCAGUUUGACAACCCUGCCAACCCAAAGGUACAUUAUGAAACUACAGGGCCAGAAAUCUGGGAGGAUUCAAAAGGGAAGGUGGAUAUAUUCAUUGGUGGAAUUGGAACAGGUGGAACCAUAUCUGGUUCUGGUCGUUUCCUGAAGGAGAAAAAUCCUGAAAUCAAGGUUAUUGGUGUUGAACCUACUGAAAGCAACAUACUCUCCGGUGGAAAACCUGGCCCACAUAAGAUUCAAGGCAUUGGUGCGGGAUUCGUCCCAAGGAACUUGGACAGUGAGGUUCUCGAUGAAGUAAUUGAGAUAUCAAGCGACGAGGCUGUUGAGACAGCAAAGCAGUUGGCUCUUCAGGAAGGACUGCUGGUUGGGAUCUCAUCUGGGGCAGCAGCAGCUGCUGCCAUAAAGGUUGCCAAGAGACCAGAAAAUGCUGGGAAACUGAUAGUUGUUAUGUUCCCGAGCUUUGGCGAGAGGUACCUUUCGUCGGUUCUGUUCCAGUCCAUCAGAGAAGAAUGUGAGCAGAUGCAGCCUGAAGCAUGAACUUCCACUUGAUUUGUUUUCUUUUGAAUAAAUACGACACUUCCGGUUGAAUGUCCUCUGAUUUAUUAUUUACAUAAAGGAAUAAUUGUAAGGAAAUGAUUUCUCUUUGGAGGAGCAAUGCUCAUUAAAAGGCCGGCUGUAAGUGUCUAUGUUUUGAAUGUUUUGUUCAAGUUGGAACUUUGAAAGAUAGGAUUCUUUUAGGGAAAACUCAUA